AUGGCUUCUUCUUCGGGUACUACGAGAGUGUAUCCGAAAGGUCUCUAUGAUGUUCGAAAAACCCCGAUUCAGAGUAGAAGCAUGAACCAUAGUUGUUUUCUGGAAAAUCUUCAACCGUUUAAAGAAGCUGUUGGGGAAGAUGUUUGGGCUGAGUUGAGGGAAUUAGCUGUUGGAGUUAUCGUUAAGCUGAAGGAGAUGGAAUAUAUUUGGUCUGCUGAAGCUGUUCAUUAUUUCCUUGCUAAUCAACUCGCCAUCAAGAGCAUGUAUGAGAUUUGGUCGUUGAUAGAUUGUAUGCCACUACGGUUUUCCUUGUAUGAGUUUGAGGAGAUUAUGGGUCUAAACUGUGAUGCUUUCGACCAGCAUGACGUGUGGGAUGUGGAUCAUCGAGAGUUUUGGCUGGAGAUGGAAGUUCCAACAUCUGAAGGGCCUACAUUGAAAUACUUACAAGCUUUAUUGGUGAAGUUUAGAAACUGUUCUCGAGAGAAGCGAGUAUGGUCUUUGGGAUUGCUACAUAUUGGGAUAUUUGACAUUGGGAGCAACAGCAGAAUCCCUUUGCAUUGUGCUAAAAGAGUGAUGGACACUGCAGCUUUCCAGCGAUAUCCAUGGGGUCGAUUGGAUUUAGCCAGUUUGUUCAGUCCAUUAAAAUGGUCUCAUUUCAACUAG